UUUUCUUGUUUCCCGUCACCCUGAGUCUUCACAAAGAGCUAAAAACGCAUUCACAGUUGCGUAAGUCAGACGCACGACCAGAGUCAAAGAGAACUACAUUACCCAGAAUCCUCCAGCAGAUCCAAGCCUCUACGGAAGACCGGGUAGCUCCUUUGCGUCUACAGUCCGCGUUUUCUACACAGCUCGGAGUGGCUUUUUGCAGUGAGGGGAGAAACGGCGCAGAAACGCGCUCACUGAUCUAUCUUUCUCUCACUCUCGUGCGCGCUCUCUGUCUCCGUCCCCGAGGCGCCUCUGCGUGAAACCGGCAACACUCACUUUUUACAAUUCCAAUUAUUUUAUUUUUUUCCUAGAUCUUAGGGGAUUUUUUUAUUUUUGUGUUGUCGUUUUUUUAGAUAAUUUCUCGAGUUUUUUUUAUUAAAUUAAAUUUGUUUUAUAUUUCUUAACCAGAUGCUCUCACACAGCUGCUCGCUUCGGCGUCUCCAGUCAGCAGCAGCACCGGACCAGCAUGCGCGCGCCGGACCGGGCUGUGGAGUGCGCUCUGCUCGCGAGCCCCUGCGCUCCUAGACCGGGGCACGGUUCCACGAGCCAGUCCAGCUGAGGAGGCAACAUCAGCAGCAGCAUUGACCAUUGAGCAGCGGCGACGGCGACAGCGCUGCUGAUGCGCGCGUGAGGAGCUCGCGCCCAACGCUGCUGCAGCGUGAGCGCGAGCGCGGCGCCUCCCGGUGAGCGCGCGGUGGUGGUGGCGGCGGCUCCUUCGUCGUCUGGCUGGCCGACUGACUGACUGACUGAGUGAGCGAGCGAGUGGCUGCACGAGGCUGGAGAUUUGCAUAUCAGAGGCGCGCCGCAUCUCACGAGGGUAACAAACUGGCAGGCUCCAGAUUGCCAUGGAAACGUGUGCAGUUUGUGAGAAAUAGUUGAGAGAAUCUAGAGAAAGAAAAACAUCGCCUGGUGCUUUCCUGUGACUUCACACCUAAAGCUCCUGAUCACUGGAGGCCCUGCACUCACACUGACCCAGCAAGGAUUGUGUGAUUGGGCUGGAUCAGCAUCUCCACAGUACAAUAGCAUAAGCUGUCAGAUAUUUGCUGCCUAAGGGACAAUAGCCCUAGGGCACUCAGACUGGACGACAUUACAUACAUACACUAGUAUAGACUGUGAGUUUCGGAGGUAAUGAGCCGACUGUCAGGACGUCUGCGCUCUGGAGGUGUGCGUUAUGCCUGUGAAGCUCUGGCUGAGGAGGACUGCCGUGAGGCUGAAGGCUCCUGGAUGGGAGAUGUAGGGCCUGGAGUCACGUCAGCAGGGCCCACUGGCUCUGGCCCAGGCAGUUCACUACACUAUGGAUUUUACUCACCUCCUUCACUGGCUAAUGGCCUGCGAAACCAUGAUGAGCAGUUUCAGCGGCGAGCAAGGAGACGCAGACAAAUGGACCAUGCGGAACAAAUGCACACACAUGAACAAGUGCACAUUCAGCAGCACACACAUCCGCAGAUGCACACACACCAGCAAACACAGUCACUCGAAAAAAACACUCAAAUGGAACAGUCAAACACACAUUUACCGUCUCACACAUGCAUUCAGACAGACACAGAGAUACUAAUGCACAAGCUCUCACAUACAGAGCUAGACAGUCAUUCCAGCUCUUCAGUUAUGGAGCAUGACACAUCUCUUAUUCCAGAGGACCUGUCUAUAACAUCUAAGACUGCCCGUUCAAACUAUCCUUUGCAAACCAGCCAGCCCUCACAAAAUUAUUCCGCCCUUCAACAUAACCCUGCUUCUACAUGCAAGGUAGAGUCAGAACAAACAGCUACCACCACCACCUGUAAACCACAGGUGGGCCACUUACCAAACCCUGACAUAUGCCACAGUUCCAGCACAAGCCACAAUCUAGUCAGUGCCCCCAUAGAGGCUGAGAGAAAAUAUACUCUGAGAAGUUCUGGUCGGCCCCGUUUCCCGUGUCACCUUCGCAAGUCGUCACGCUUGCGUAGAGCCACAGAAGAUAGCAUAGUGAAAAGGGAAGAGGAACAAAAAGAGGAGGAGGAAGCUGUGAACAUCUAUAGAGGAGAUGAAAUUAGAAAGGAAUCACAUCCUCCCAAAGUUCCUGCAGUUGCUUCAACUGUGGAGGCUCUACCAGCAUCAACCAAACCAGUAGCCAGAAUGGUGCCCAAUCAUAGUGUUAGUAUGCCAUUUGGAAACGAAAGCAGCACUGUGACUCACCACUCAACAAGAGGUAAACGACGAGGUCCUUUUUUAGGUGUGAGAAAGAUAGUGGUGAAAAUUGCUAGAAUUCCUGUGCAUCUCAGUCGUCGUCAGAAAAGCUACAAGAUCUCUUCUUUAGACCUUGGGGUAGUACCGACACGUACAGAGAGCUCUGCUGUUACUGGAGAAGUUCCAGAAAAGGUACCUAGCAGUGAGACCAUUGCCCCCCCUCCAAGGGAACCCACUGCUCUCCUCCGCAUGAAAAACAAUGGGAAGAGUGUAAUGGUCAUGUUUCCUCCAGGAGAGUUACCCGUCAUCCUCAAACGCCGUAGAGGACGCCCCCCUAAACAGGCUUUACCAGGACAGCCUGACAUGCGUGAAACUAGAGCUGGGGCAGCAAAUGCUGCUGAGCCCAAGAAACCACGUCGGCGAAGGCGAGUAAAGCUGCCAUCCCCACUGCCCUCAUAUGUUAAUGACACCAACGAUGUUAAAGCAGAGUAUGCAGACGUUCUCUCUAAACUGGCUUUUCUUAACAGACAACCUCUCAGCACUGGUCGCUGUUCGCCACCACGCUGCUGGACUCCAACUGAGCCUGAGACCUUUCACACAUCUCCAGAGAACCCAAACCUGUCCACUCUGCUGCACCGUCUCACAGGUUUCCGUAGACGAGGGGGCAGAGCAGGUUGUAUGGGAGGGAGAGGAGGUGGUGCAGCUGGGUGCUCUGAGGCUUUUAAGAGGUCGUUCAGUGACUUCUUUGAGACAAUUGGCAAGAAGCGGAAAGUACCACAGUCAGAACCAGGAACUCCACGAAAAAGAGGGAAAGGGGCUGGUGCUGGAACUAGUAGGGCAGCUAUGACUGAGCAAGGUUCUCCUGUGGCUGGGGAAAAGGUCAGAAAACGUCGUUCACGAAAGAAUGGUACAUUAAAAGGCAGUCAGGGUUUGCAGGAUCAAGACUGGCAAAAUGGAAAUAAUGGGUGGGGGGAGAAAGGUGAUCCAGAUACCCCUGAAAGAGCAGGUAGUUACCACGGCUCUUGCUCUCCCCGUGGGAACUUUUCAUCUUCUGAGACUGGUAAGGGGGGAGUGUACCACAGUCCAGCCAUGAGAGGAGCUGGCAGUGGAGAAGAGGGAAUGUUUGCAGGAUACUUUCGCUCCCUACUUGAUUCAGAUGACUCCUCAGACUUGCUGGACAUCUCCAUGUCAAGCCCUACAGGUCGGCAAGACUCUCGUAAACUUACUCCAGGAUAUGAUGGCAGCAGUCCAGGUGCGGUUCAGCGAUGGUCCCCUGCGUUCCCUAAGAGAAGUCCCAAAGGAGCUGCCUGUGCUGGAGAGGGGGCAGCACUGUCUUCACCCCCAAUUCCAAGCAACUCUGCAACUAGGCCCCCAUUUUCUUACAGUGUUUCACAAACAUCUCCCACCCCUUCCUUCCCAAAAUCUCCCGCUCUCUCACUUUCACGGUCCCCUAGUUCUCCCCAUCCAUCUUCUAGUAGUUUUUCCCAAUAUCCUUCCAAUUAUAGUGGAAAUGUCUCACAAGGGUCAGGCAUCUGCUCUGUGCCUCAGCAACAGCACAGGUCAAGUGACUGCAGCUUUAUGUAUGGCACUAAAGCACCCCCUGUUUCUUCCACUCAACGGCAGUUAAGUUUUGCAAAUUAUCAGACUUCUGCCAAGCGUCACUAUAGUGGAUAUCCUGGGCCUGCUCAUCCUUCAAUGCAGCAGAGUGAAUCUGCUGGUCCAGCAUCACCAAGUGGAAGUUAUAUGUCAAUAUCAAAGACAAGCCCCUUCUCCUCAUCCUCAUCCCCUCCUGAAAGUUGUAGACAAUACCAGUCCUCUGCACAGUGGGGCUAUAGGCAAGGGGGACCAGUUUGGGGUGGAGAUGGAUUUGGUUCUCAUCAGUUCCAUGGAUAUUCUGAGUAUGGAGUUGGCGGGACAGAGUCCAAAGACAUCCUGGACAUAUCAAAUUACACACCUCAGAAAGCAAAGCAGCGUCCCUGCCCUGACACACUCUCUGAGUCCUCCUCGGACUCCUCACACACAGGGCUGGGUAGCAUGGGGGGGCAGUAUUGCCCUAGGGAUAUUCCAGUGCCUGAAGGGCAGUCUAGCCUAUCAAGCUUAGAAAAGCUAAUGCUAGAUUGGAAUGAAAAUUCUGCGGGCCCUUCAUACAACUGGAGUCAGAACGUUUUGUUUCAAGGUGGGACUAAAUCAGGCCGUGGUCGCAGAAAGAGAUCAGAACAACAGAAUGAGAGGGAGUCAUGCUCUAUGCCUCCAGGAUCACCUGCAAGUCCUUCUAUGCAGGGAGCUGGACCAAAGCGCAGUGCUUCGGCAGGCCGACAACCCAGGGGGAGCAGGGGCAGGGGAGGAUUCUCUCCCUGCCAAAGAGAGAGAUCUGUACCAGCCAAAGCCAAACCUCAAAAACCUACGUCCACAGCCACAGCAGGGCAGAUGACUUCAGCAGGGUCACUAUACCAAGAGACUAUAGAUUAUUACAGUGGAGACAGCAGUAGCCUAUCACCUCUUAGUCAUGCCCCAGAGCCCUGUGAAUAUCCCUCCCCCUACUCUGCUCACACCUCAACUCCCUCUUCUGAAGAAAGAUUUGCCCAGAUUUACCCCACAGAUUCUGCCUCUCUUUCCCCGAAUCUGUCAACCCAACCAGAUGUCAUAAAACAGUACCCUAAGACAGGCCCUCAAUCGCAGUCAUAUGGACAUGCUGCCAGGACAUUCAGUCCUACACUAUCCCCAAGCCCUCGCCUCCUACCACAGUGUGGAUCUGCAAUGAGUCCACACCGGGUAUCUACAAAGGACCAGUUUCCACAGUAUGAUUCCCCGAGUUACAGUGGCUCCCCUUGCUGGUAUGGACAGAGUGGGAGUGUUACUAACAGCCCCCACAGCUAUGAGGAGCAGCGAUCCACUGCCGUCGCUCUGCCCUCCCACAAACGGGACACAUCACUAAUGGGACCUGGAAUAAGGGUGCCAUCCCAGUCUCCUUAUCCCCAACCUGUAAACAGAGGCCCUGCAAUGUCCUCAUCGUGUGCCAGUGGGGCACUGGACUCUUCUCCUCAGCAUGAGGAGCUGGGUUAUCAUGGUAAUAUGGACAGCUAUGCACCCCUUCGGCAACGUUAUGUGUCCCAAAGUGCCCAAAGUGGGGUUCUCUGCCAGCUACUGGACCAGCCCAGCGAUGAAGGCUUUACUGUCACCAGCCUGUAGUUAGAAUUGUUGCAGUAAUCAACAAAGAUGAUUUGGACUACACCCUUUUCAUAUUUUUAAUAUUUUAUAAAUGAGGCUCCACAGAAGACACUUACUAAGUAAGACAGAAGAGAUUUGGAAGUGUGGACUAAAAGCUGACUUCUCCAGCAGUGACAAUCAAGAUCCAAAUUCACAUCACAUGCACACACAGACACACACAUGCACACAUGCAUGCUCUACACCCACAUAUUUGACUUGUUUACACACACAUACACACACACACACAAACACAAACACAAGAAGACUAUCAAACACAGACAUCUGAAACGCACAUUUACGCACAUAUAGACACUCUCUCACGCACAAGGCCUGUUGUGAAACUUGGGUGGAGUUUUUUUUAAGGAUGGACAUGCACACUGCUUCUAUCUGAUAGAAGAACUAACCUGCAGAAAUGCAGGAAUCCUUCGAAUGCAAGUAUGACUCAUUAAAGCUAAAACUCAGACAUGCCUGCAACUGUCUGUCAAACUGAUGUGAGAGACCACGAAAAAAAAAGGAUUUUGGACUACACACUGAUCUCUCUCUCUUUUUCUCUUGUUUUUCCUUCUUCUCUGAUUCUCUUUCUGUGUCUACCUGUUUCUUCUAGUCUUCACAUCAUCUCCUACCAUUCGACUGAAGAGAUUAAUACAUACUUCCCCCAAAAAAUCAAUCACCUUUUUUAGGGUUAUUUAAUACUAACCCUGCUACCUAAACAGACUUUACCCUAUAUCUUACCUUAUGUGCUAUCUGCUCCAAGAUACCAGCAUCUGUACAUAAAGUCACACCAACAGACCCAACAUCAGAGGGGCAAACGUUUACUGAAAGUUGUACAAACCCAUUGCAGAAAAAUCAUGCUUUGAAUGUUCUCAGAAUCUCUGUUAGGACAUUUAAGAGGUGAUGUCAGUUUUUUUAAGUGGCUUCAAAUGGUUCAGCUUGGUCCUGUGCAAAUAGUCACUGCAGUAUUUUUAAUCAAGGCCCUGGUCUGGUCCUGUGGGGGUCUGUCUGGAUUGAAUGCUCUCUUCUCUUGCUCUUGUGCUCGGCCUACAGCAUGGUCACACCCUACCCGGUUCUUGUCUCUGUGUGUUUUUAUCAUUUCAUGUCAGAAAGGACAAACACUCAUGCACUGACCCCAAAGAUGCUGCUCUGGCAACGGUGCUGAGAGGCCAGCCCUCUGGCCAGUCUGUGCACAGAGGUCUGGAACUCAGGGUGUGGACAAUGCACCUCCCUACUCAUCCUCCUUUUCCUCCUUCUUUUUUUCUCUCUCUCUCCACUGUUCCUAUUUCUUGUGGUCCGCUGUGUCGUACAGUGAUUUUUUGUGAUGAAAUACUGUAUCUGUCUGUUCCAUAUACUGUAUCUAAGGUGAAUAUUUAAAUACACAUUCUGUUCUUAUCAUUGCUUAA